AGACGUCACUUCCGUAAAUAAACCGGCCAGAGUAGAAAAUUAGAAACAUAUUGAUUUCAUUCUUUUUUCCAAUUUUUUUCUCUUUUGAGAGGUGGAGAAGUAUAAAUUGGCUCUAUCAAAAUGUCGUGAUAGACUUGACAAUCUCCAAUAAUUACACUGGUAGGAAAUAAUGUGUAUAAACGAAAUGUCGCGAAAAGUCAUGACACUUAAUUUUAAAUGACAAGUGGAACCGAAAACAGAUAUAGAAAUUUAUGUGUACUGUAUUCACUAUAAUAUGAAAAUAUAAAGACCGUUAAAGACUUAAGGAAAUACUUGAAAUCUAAUUUAGAGACCAUGGAUCUAACAAAAGUGUUAAUACCUUGCAUUUGUCACAUAAUAUUUAUGCUUGGCGGCGCAUCAAGUUUUACGAAGCUGCCAAAACUUCUGUUGAUAUCGAUGGAUGGAUUUAGGUACAACUACCUUGAUCUGAUUCCAGUGAAUGAAACUAAGAAUUUUCAGUAUAUGAUUAAUAAUGGUGUGAAAGCAAAAUCUAUUAUGAAUGUUUUCCCCACUGUGACAUACCCGAAUCAUUACACCUUGAUUACAGGACUGUAUCCAGAAACUCAUGGCAUUGUCCACAACAGAUUUUAUGAUGCUUUUUGGAAAGAAUAUUAUCUGUAUGAUAAUGCUCGAGACAAUGUUGAUCCAUUCUGGUAUGAUGUUGGUGCUGAACCAAUUUAUGUUACAAAUAAAAAGGCAGGUAAUUCGAGAAAUUCUGGGUCAGUUGUUUGGCCAGCUGGAAUAGGAAAAGUGAAAGGAAUAGGACCUGACAGGGUAAUUCCAUACGCUAAUGCCUUUAGUAAUAUUAGUUUUCAUGUGCGUGUAGAUAAACUGAUUGAAUGGUUCACAGAUGAAGAAGCUCCUAUAAAUUUAGGACUUUUAUAUUUUCCUGAGCCUGAUGAAAUUGCUCAUAAAUAUGGUGCUGGCUCUGAAAAAGUCUUGGAUUUUAUAAAGGGAGAAUUGAAUGAAGUUUUAGACUACCUUUUUAAGAGAUUGAAAGAAGUACAUUUACUUGAUGAUAUUAAUAUUAUUUUGACAGCAGAUCAUGGAUUUACAAAUAAGUCAAGUGACAAAACAGUGUUGCUAGAUAAGUAUCUAAAUGCAUCCUGGUAUAAAACUGGGGCUGAAAAUUUUGGGGGAAAUGGAAAUCACAUGACAGUGAAUAUAUUUCCAGAGGAAGGUGAAGAAGAAAAUAUUUUGAAUGCUCUUCAAAAUGUUAGCUUUUUAAAUGUUUAUAAAAAAGGAGGAGAUGAAUUGAAAAAGCUACACUACAGCUCAAGUGAAAGAAUUGCUCCAAUUGUGCUAACAGGGUCACAGGAAGGAGUUAUUAUAUUUCCUGAUAAAAACAGUCAAGAUAGUUACGAAAGUUUUGGUGUCCAUGGUUACGACCCUCACAUAGUGCCAAAUAUGCGACCUUUCUUCAUAGCGAUGGGGCCAGCCUUUAAAAAGGGAUAUGUUUCAGAACAGUUUAACUCGGUGGAUAUUUACCCUUUGAUGUGCCAUAUAUUGGGUAUUGAACCUGCACCAAAUAAUGGUUCCCUUGACAACGUGAAAGGUUUACUGAGAGAAAUAUCUGUCAAGGACACCAUUUCAAUGACAGGGAUUUCUUUUCUUAUCGUAGUUGGACUUAGUGUGACACUAGCAGGGAUAUUUGCCAUCUGUGCCUGUCAUAAUGCCAGAAAAAUGCCAAGAAUUGUAUUUCGUGGCAAGAAUAGAUCUACAGGAGUUACUUCCCUUAGAUCCCCAACACACCAUUUGCUCAAUAGUGAAGAUGAUGAUGAUGAAUUUUAAGUUUAGAUAUCAAUUGAUUGGUUUUAUAUUUUCCUUAGAUAUAUCUAUGAAUAUUAUUUUAAUGUAACAAGAGUUCAAGGGAACAUAUUAAAUAAGUUACAAUUUUUAGAAAACUAUUAAAAACAAAAAUUAUCUUAAACAAUUUUGUGUAAGAAUGAUUCCUGGAACUGAAGGCUUUCU